CUAUACAAUGUCGUAUCAGUAAUCGUUUUGUUUUCAAGCAUGAAUUGUAACAGCAUUUAAGUAUGAAUCGUACAGCCUCUGACCGCUUAUAACUCGUUGAAGUGGACCACUCCUGUAAUUAAAUUUCAUUUUUGUCGAUACGACUGAAAGAUAACAUAUCUAACCGGAGGAGUGCAUGGUAGGAGUGCAAGCGUUUUGAAAAAUAUAUUGCCAGUUUUCUCAUGACCGCCCACUGGUUAAGAUGAAGGGGAAGACAUACUAUUUUCUCCCUACAAAUGUGGUUGGUGUUAGUUUUUCGUUCGUGGCAUGUAUGUUCUUAGUGCUAAUAGUGCAGACCGUAGCCCAAAAUGGUGAUCAAAACUUUCGUUUGCCGAAUGACACAUACCCAUUGAGGUAUAACAUCGAGAUAACCACCAGAAUACACGACGAUUCAAUCGGUUCAGAUCGAUUUAGAUUUGAAGGCAAAGUGACUAUACAGCUGAUGACCAAGGAAAACAAAUCAACGAGCAGAAUCACAUUAAACUAUCGUGAAAUUGAUAUUAUUCAUGUGCGGCUAUGGUAUCAGCAAGGGGGUUGGGAGCGCGUUAUUAUAAAUGACAAUAAUAGUUAUACAUUGGAUUCGCGGCGAGAGUUUUUGCACAUUAAUUCACCGCAAGCGCUGGAAGGAUUAUAUUAUUUAGAGAUAACCUACAACGGUACACUACGCGAAGACAAUGCGGGUUUUUAUAGAUCAUCUUAUAUGGAUGGGAAUGGAGAGAUGAAAUGGUUGGCAGCAACACAAUUUUCAUCUACAGACGCCAGGCACGCUUUUCCCUGUUACGAUGAACCUGGUAUAAGAGCUCCGAUCGGACUACGUGUUAUACACGGUGAAAGCUAUUCCGUACUCUCAAAUGGGCGACCGAUAGAUAUUCGUAAUGACUCCAAGGAAGGACUAAUGGCAACAACUUUCGAAGAUACACCAUCAAUGCAGUCGUAUUUGCUGGGCAUUGUAGUGAGCAACUUUCAGGAAUCGUCGUACGAUGAUUACUCCAGACACAAGGCGUUCAAUCGUCCAAAUGCGUUUGAGAAAGAAGACACAGUAUUCAUUUUAGAAGCGGGUUUUAAAAUCCUAAAUUUUUUGGAGCAGUUUUUAGAAAUUGAUCUAAUACUACCCAAGAUUUAUCACGUGGCCGUACCUGAUUUUGCGGCUGGUGCGAUGGAAAACUAUGGUUUGAUAACGUACAAGGAAGAAAAUUUCUUCUACGACUACAAGACAUCACCAAUGAAGCAGAAGAAAAGAAUUGCUACGAUUGUCGGUCACGAAAUUGGACACCAUUAUUUUGGAAAUUAUGUUUCUCCAGCAUGGUGGAGUUAUCUGUGGAUGAAAGAAGGUUUCGCUAGGUUUCUCGAAUACUACGCAUCAAAUAAGGCCUUUCCCGAACUCGAAAUAGAACAAACGUAUACAGUAGAUAAAACACAUAAUGUUUUUGAGAUCGAUUCUCUAGUUGCGGUACGCCCAAUGACAUACUAUGUCAAUACUCAAACUGAAAUAGCUAACAUUUUCGAUGAUAUUGCGUAUGACAAAGGUGGGGCCGUGCUGCGUAUGUUCCAUCACGCUAUUGGGAAAGAGGCUUUCCGACAAGCAUUAAUCAAAUUCCUCCAGACAAAUGCAUUGCAGGCUGCGAGUCCCGAGCACUUUGCGAACGCCAUGCAAAAUGCAAUGGAUUUAUUACCAAUUCCACACAUAUCAAUGCCAAUCGCCAAAGAACUUCUUAAGUCCUGGACUGAACAAGCUGGUUAUCCCGUGUUACAUGUGUCAAGAACUCAAAACUGUUCAAUAGUCAUUUCACAAAAACGAUAUCUUCUUAAGAAUAAUAUCGAAAACACAAACAUAACAUGGAUUCUACCAUAUAAUUUUGCCAACGCACUUGAUCCAAUGUUCGACGUGACAAUUCCUUCGGAUUGGCUCUCAAACACAGAAAAAGAGUUAAUCCCAGAUAUUAACCAUAAUUGGACCUGUGACGAUUGGUUAGUUUUUAACAAACAGCAAACGGGAUAUUAUCGAAUUAAUUAUGACGACGACUUGUGGAAUCUGAUAAUUAUAACCCUUAUAAAUAAUCAUACCAUUAUUCAUAAUGUAAAUCGAGCACAACUAAUAGAUGAUGCAUUGAAUAAUGCCCGUACUGGACGAUUGAGCUACGAAAUUGCCUUGGAGUUGUUACGUUAUCUAUCUAAAGAACUAAACUAUGUGCCGUGGGCUGCAGUUAACCGUAAUUUACGUACUUUAACUGUUCUGCUCAGUGGCUCAUCGCGCUACCAUCUAUGGAUUCAGUACUGUCUUGAAUUCCUCCAUCCUAUUUACGAACAUAUAGGUAUUGUGACUCAAGAAGAGGAUUCCUUGAUGCAACGCAUGGUACGAGAAAUUGUUGUUACAUGGAUGUGUAAACUAGGAUCGCUUCACUGUUUAAAUGAAUCAGCGUCCAUCGUUGAGAACGUGGUUGAAAACCGUACAUCCUACAUAGACCAAGAUUUAAGGGAAACAAUUAUUUGUAACGGAUUAAGGAACGCUUCAUAUGAUGCUUUUCAUUACUUUUGGCAACAAAUGCAAGCUUCACAAAACCAAGCAUACCGUUCCGAGUUAAUUUCGAGCUUGGGAUGCACGCAAAAUGAAGAUUUUCUCGCAAAACUUCUCAAUACCACCAUAGAAGAAAACGGAGUAUACUAUUUCCCACAGGAACGAGAAAGAGUUUUACUUUCUGUUUUAAGUAACGGAAUGUUAGGUAUGGAUAUUUCCAUAUCAUUCCUGGAUCAAUAUAUGGAUCAGAUCAAUAUUAUCUACAAUAAAGGAAAUUUUGGAGGAAGAGCUAUAAGUUCCAUCACCAAAAAUAUGGCAAAACAAACUGCUAGCGAAAACAUGCAUCUACGUCUUCAAAAUCUCAUGGAAAAGCUUUUAGAAAAAGGAUAUUUACGCAACUCAGAUAUGCUGCAAAGUCUGGAACAAUCUAGUGAAAAUCUCAAUUGGAUCAGUGACAAGGGUAAUGAAAUAGAACGGUGGUUGGAGCAACAAUAUCAACCAACAACGUAUCAACCAGCUACAACAUCAUCUAUACUAACCUCUACAUCGUUCAAUAAUUAUACUACACUGCAAACUACACUGCAAAUCAAUUCAGAAUUUACGAGUUCUGUAACAUUUAAUAACUCUUUCAUAUCGACAUCCAUCUUUACCACCAAAAACAGUAUUACAAGCAUGUUAACGCAAUCAAUAACGUCUGUAGUCUCCACCGAAAAUUAUGAAAGUACGGAAAAAAAUGUUUCAAAUAAUGUCCAUCCGACUAUAUUAAUCAUGUGUCUAGUUAUUUUUCACAUAACAAUAUAUUAAAUUAUCCACACCAUAUCGUAGAGGACACUUAAUGCCCAUAUCUAGCAAUGCUUCCAACAGCAGAUUUUAAUGAAGAAAUAGGUGGAAAAGCUAAUUACUGUACCCAUUGAAACUCAAUUAUAGUGCAGAAACACACAAAUACUACUCCAUUAAAUAAACACAUCUUUUUAAAUGCAUUAAGUUAGUAAUAAGGUAUUAAAGAGGCGAAAUAAUUAUUAAAUUAUUAAUUAUUAUUAAAGAUAUUAAUAAUUAUUAAUGAUUAUGCAAAACAAAUAAUAUGAAAAAACUGUAAUGGAAAUCAUA